GAAAUUGGCGGAGAAAUGAAUUGGUCGACUCAAAGUCUUCUUUUCAUAUCAUUUCUAAAAUUCUAUCAAGUUUCUUGUAUAUUUGAGCGAGAGAGAGAUGGCCAAUACGACUUCUACCCAGGAAGAUUGUCUGUACUUCCAGUUUCUGCCGAGCAGAAGUCUGUUCAAGUUGUUGACAAGUUUGACUGUGUGUUUAGCUGUACUGAAAACAACUGGUGUAAGUCUGUAAACUUUAGAAAAUCACCUCUUCAAAGUGGUUUACAUGCAUGCGAACUACUGUCUUUGGAUUUCUACACAAAUCGAGAAAAUAUCACUCAAGAUAGUCGUUACAAUCACUACAGCGUCAAGAAUCUUUGCCAAGACUCUCCUUGUCAAAAUGGCGGCGAUUGUUUAUAUGACAGCGAAACGACUCAAUUCAACUGUACUUGUGAGAAACUCUACACUGGGGAUCAUUGCGAAUACGGACCGAGAGGCCUCGAGAACUCGGCAAUCCUUGUGAACGCAGACAACAAUAAUUAUACAGCGGCUCUUGCUGGAUUCCUCGGUCCGGCAUUGAAACCAUUCGGGCCUGGAACAUGGAUAAGAUGUUUUCGUGCUKUACCAGGGCACUGGGAUACCCGGAUGUACUUUCAUCCUCAGUGCGAUGGCAAGAAACCAGCUGUAACCAUAAUCCGUGUUCGUUUGUCCAUUUUUGGUGGAUUCACUGACAGGCCAUGGCAUUCAGUUGGAGGGUAUUCAGAAUCAACCAAAUCAUUUCUCUUCUCCUUACACAACACCAUCAAUGGCUUCCAACCACUGCAAUUCAACCUCACUGGAAACAGAAACUACCAAGCUAUCUAUGGCAAUUUAGGUUAUGGUCCUACUUUUGRCCCAGGUCAUGACAUACACAUCACUAAUCUUGCUUCGAGUAGUUUAGGCUCGUUUACAAAGCCCUAUGCCUAUCAAGUGCCCCCUGGUUGUACUUUUAAUGCAGCGUGCACCUUCUUUGCUGGUACUUACAAUUUUAGACCAGCUGAUUAUGAAGUCUUUUAUUAUAAGCAAGAAAACUUGAAAGGACUUGAAAUAUCAACAAUUCUCGAUGGCAACACUACCUACAUCAACACCCUGAACAACUACUUAGCUACUGCAGUACCGAACUCAAAGACGAGUGAUUGGAUCAGAUGCUGGCAUGCUGCAGAGGAUGGAUGGGAUGUUCGGUACUCCUUCCAUCCCCAGUGUGAUGGCAAGAGAACCACAGUGACAAUUAUACGCGUUGGACAGCACGUGUUUGGUGGAUUUGCUGAUAAAUCUUGGCAAACCAUUUAUACUACAUACACAGAAUCGACCAAGUCAUUCCUGUUUUCAUUGAAUAACACCAAUGGYUUCCAACCAAUMCAGUUAAAMCUGACUGGCCAGUAUAACCARAAMGCAAUACGUAAUUAUAAUGGCUUCGGUCCGACAUUUGGCAAUGGAUAUGAUAUAUACAUCUCCAAUCAUGCAUCAUCGAAUACAAAUUCUUAUACAAAACCCAAAGCCUAUACACCUCCUCCAGGCUGCAGCUAUGGCACGUCAUGUACCUUCCUGGCUGGAUCCUACAAUUUCAAGCCAUCUGACAUUGAAGUGUUCUACCACGAUGGAGACAUCACGGGUUUAGAAAACUCCUCCAUCCUAAAGAAUUAUGGGAACACAAGCUAUGUAGCCACUUUAACCAGCUACCUAAACACUGUUCAGGAAUUYCAUCCGCAAAAAUGGAGGCGAUGUUGGAGCGCCCCUGAAGACGGCUGGGACACACGAAUGACAUUUCAUCCUCAAUGUAAUGGGAAAAAAGCAACAGUGACGAUUGUCCGCGUUGCUUCGUAUGUGUUUGGUGGAUUCACAGACCAGCCUUGGCAUUCUGCUGCURAAUAUUCCAAGUCAAGCAAAUCUUUUCUUUUUUCCCUGUACAACAUCAAUGGCUUCAAACCUGUCCAGUUAAACCUGACUGGCCAGGUAAAUAYGCAUGCUAUAUACAGCGCUAGCAGUUAUGGGCCAACAUUUGGACAUGGACAUGAUCUUCGUAUUUAUAAUCUAGCAUCCAGUAAUACUUAUUCGUACACAAGGCCCACGGCAUAUGAUGUGCCUAGCGGCUGUACAUACAACGUUGCUGACUGUAAAUUCUUYGCUGGGUCUUAUAAAUUUAAACCGGACGACGUGGAAGUGUUUUAUUAUGAUGGCGGAAAAGUGGCUGRUCUCCAUCAAUCAGCGAUUCUCCAAGGAUAUGACCACAAUACAGCGUUAACAAGUGGUUUAGUGAAAUUCGUGGAACCAGYGGUCGAGUUCUCGGGGUCGAACAAGUGGCUACGAUGCUGGCAUGCUCGCACAGAUGGCUGGGAUACAAGGCUGACCUUCCAUCCUCAGUGCGAUGGUUUGAAAAACACCCUAACAAUAAUCCGCGUUGGUUUGUACGUGUUUGGUGGAUUUGCAGACAAAGCUUGGAACUCUGCAAAUAUCUACGUUACAUCUAAUAAAGCCUUCCUCUUCUCCUUGUACRAUGCGAAUGGACAUAAACCCGUUCAAUUCAAGCUUACUGGUUCACAAAACCAUCAUGCUCUUGUCGGAAGGGCCGGCAUUGGACCUACAUUUGGCCAUGGCCACGAUCUGUUCAUCAAUAAUCUUGCAUCGAGCAAUGAAAAUUCAUAUACGACACCUCGUGCAUACGAAGUUCCUCAAGGAUGCAGUGUKUCGUCUGGUUGCGCAUUUUUCGCUGGGAGCCACGUGUUUACCCCUGAUGACAUCGAAGUGUUUUACUAUACCAGYCAAACCAAAGGAUUAAAGAAAUCUAAGAUCCUGUCUGGUAACAGCAACUACAUAUAUACCUUAAACAGCUACUUAGCUACUGCAGUGCCGAACUCCAAGACAAGUGAUUGGAUCAGAUGUUGGCACGCUGCAGAGGAUGGCUGGGAUACGCGACUGACAUUCCACCCUCAGUGUGACGGAAAGAAAGCCACUGUGACGAUCAUCCGUGUUGGUUCGUACGUGUUUGGUGGAUUUACAGACAAGUCAUGGCAUUCUGGUUAUAUUUAUGUUCCUUCAAGCAAAUCUUUUCUUUUCUCCUUGUACAACACCAACGGUUACCAACCAAUCAUGUUCAACCUGACUGGACAGUACAACCAUAAAGCCAUAUUUGGUGAUGAUGCUUAUGGACCAACAUUUGGCUAUCCACAUGACAUUUACAUUGUCAAUCUUGCACGUAGUUCAACAAACUCGUACACACUACCCGGAGCUUAUCAACCUCCAGACGGGUGCAGCUACAAUAAUGAAUGUUCUUUUAUGGCCGGAACGUUUAGAUUCAAGCCAAACGAUAUUGAAGUAUUUUAUUAUUCCUCUUUAUAGUUUUGGUUCAGCGGUAAUGUUUCUGUCAAGGCUUCUCAUAUGCAACCACCCAGGUCGUCUUUACAACAUGUUGUAAGGAGACUUAGGUAUGUUGCAUGUGAUGCCCCCGGGGGGGACUCCCUAAUAUCAAAGGGCGGGGGUCCUCGGCGGAGAUUGUGGAAAUGACCCCUAAAAGGGACCUCUAUUGUGAGAUGAUGGGCGUGGCAGUGCUGAAAUUUCAACCCUA